CGUACUGUAGGUUGGACACACUCUGCGUCUCUGCCGCUCCUUCUAUCCCUACUGCCCUGGCACGAGCUUCCUCCCUCGCUGGCAAGCGCCCUCCUUCCCUACGGCAGUCAGACUUGCAGAAUUUCGAAGCCAACCGCACUGUGGUAACCAUUGUUAGUGCCUCCCUCUUCCGGUGCCCGUUGUCCGGCUGCAUCCGUGCAUGACAUUGGGGGCCGUUCGAGGAUUGCUUUUCGAAAGAAAAAAAAAACGUUCGCCGAUUGUUAGCAACUGAGGAUCUGAAUCCUGACAUACUUGGCAAAUGAGUGCAGGUGGCGCUUUUGGUGGAAAUAGGGGAGUGAGGCCUGUACCUCCUGACAAAGGUGUAUUCCUUCUCGAUCACUUGCAUGAGUGCGACCUGGAGAAGAAAGAGUAUCUUGCCUGCCUGAAAUCAACACAAUUUCAGUCUGAAAAAUGCCGGCUGUUCUCAAAGAAAUACUUGGAAUGUAGGAUGGAGAGGAACCUGAUGGCAAAGCAAGAUAUGUCGGAGCUUGGGUUCACUAAUGCUGAUGGCGUGGAUGCAAAGACAAACCGGAGAGUCCAACAAGUGAUUGAAAGAGAGAAAAUAGCUGUUUAAUUUAUAGGCGGCUUUGUCUGUUUCUUUUGCAGAGUCCUUAUCUAGGGAAACACUUAAAGUAUAAAGAGGAGAAUAACAAGGAAAAUGAUGAGAGCUGAAGCUGAAAUGUUGGAGUUUCUUCUGGAUUUGAUGGAAUUUUCAGAGCUACGGAUAGUGGAGCUUAUUCAGAAGUAUAUUUAUCGUGAAUGUACAUCCCAAACUCUUCGAAUCUGUUUGAACUGUUGGUAAGGCUGUGCCAAGUUUUGCUUUGUUUCAGUCUGCUCUGUGUUUCUAUGAGAAAAUUCGGAGAGCAUUGCUCAAGCCUCUUCGAAACUGGAGGAAAAUCUUAGGAAUAGGAAUUUUUCCUUUGAUGACACUGUUCAUGCAUUCUGAUUCAUAGAAAUAUAGCAUAUGAAAAGUAGAGGAAAUUUUCCUUUGUUGCCUCUUUCAAGGGAAAAAUAGAGGAAUUCUAACA